AUGUGCGGCAGGCCCUUCGUGCUGCAGCAGCAGCAGCAGCAGCAGCAGCAGGAGUGCAGCAGCAGCAGCAGGAGUGCAGGAGGAGCAGCAGGAGCAGCAGGAGCAAGAGGGCAGCAGGAGCAGCAGCGGGAGAACCAGCAGCAGGAGUGCAGCAGGAGCAGCAGCAGCGACAGGAGUGCAGCAGGAGCAGCAGCAGCCACUGGAGUGCAGCAGCAGCACGAGCAGCAGCAGCAGGAGUAG